GCAAAACGUCGCGACGGCUUCACGCCGUCCUUGAGCAACCAUGCUGCUGCUACGGCGGCUCGCAGCGCUGCUCGCGUGCGUCGCGGCGCUCGUGCCUAGGGCCACGCGGCCACUGCAGAUCCCACGAGGCGGCGCCACGCGGCCAGGGCGAGCACUGCAGAUCCCACGAGGCGGCGCGCGCGACGACGGCGGCUACUACGCCGCGCUCGGUCUCGACCCGAAGUGCACGCAGCGCGACGUCGACAAGGCCUACCGGCGGAAGUCGCUGCGGUGCCACCCGGACAAGGGCGGCGACCCCGAGGAGUUCAAGAAGCUCAACGAGGCGCGCGAGGUGCUGAGCGACCCGGCGAAGCGGAAGCAGUACGAUCGCUUCGGCAAGGCCGGCGUCGACGGUGCACCGGGCGGCAUGCCGCAGGGCAACCCCUUCGCUGGAUUUUCACAAGGUGGAAAUAACGCCCAGGCCCAGCAGAUGUUCGAGCAGAUGUUCGGGGGCUUCGGGAGCGCCUUCGGCGACGCGUUCGGCGGCAUGGGCGGCUUCGGGCGGCCCCAGCCGCGGCGCUUCGCCAUCACCGUGUCGCUGGACGACUGCUUCACGGGGCGGACGCUGUCCGUGGCGCUCGAGAAUAAUGUCAGGUGCCGCGUCAAGCUCGCGCCGGGCGUCGGCGAGGGCGACGUCGUCAAAGCAAGGGCGGGCGACGCCGUCGUCCAGUUCGAGCUGCGCGAGGCGCCCCACGCUUUGUACAAAAGACGGGGCGCCGAUCUGUUGCUGGACGCGCGGAUCAGCCUCGGCGACGCAUUAGGAGGGGGGCCGUCGGUCGAGGUCGCGCGGCCCGACGGGUCGACGUUCCGCGUGAAGCUGGCGCGGGAGGGCGAUGUAUUGAAGCACGGCGCGCUGCGCUGCGUCGAGGGCGAGGGCAUGCCCGUGCGCGGCGCGCCGGGGAAGCGCGGGCGGCUCUUCCUGCGGGUCCAGGUCGAGUUCCCCGACGCGCUGGACCUCGACGAGGACCGGCGGCGCGAGCUCGAGCGGAUUCUGGGGCUGCCCCCGUCGGCGCCGUCUUCAUCAAACGCGGGCAGCGGCGACCGCGUCGCGCGCCGGGCGGCCGCGGGCGAGUGGAAGACGGCGCGGCGGCGGCCGCCGCCGUCGCCCGGGUUCGGCUUCGCGUUCCGGUAAUGUUGUUCUUAUUUUAUUUUUUCCAAUUC